AUGAAUUUCCUAAAAGACGGUGGGGUCUACGAAAUCUCAAGUGCCAAACAAAGCCAAACAAAUUCUAUUAUAAAAAAUUACCAAUCAAAAGUGUCGGAAUACAAAUUUUCGAAACAGUCCAAAAAAAAGAUCUCCGGCCGUAAAAAUAGUCUCCAAUCACCGUUUGCUCAGCAAAAUGAAAGAUACAUUGCCCUGUUUGACUACGGAGGGUACGGCGAGAACGAGUUGAAAUUACGUAAAAAUGAUGAAGUGGAAAUAAUCAGUCGAGAUGAAUCGAUUCGAACGAACUGGUGGGAAGGGAGGAUUGGUGAAAAAACUGGUUGGUUUCCAAAGAUGUAUGUAUCUCGAAGAGUUGGAAAAUCAUCGGCUUACAGAAAGGCAACACCCAGACAAUUGAACUUAAAUGAAAUUGUUAUGAACGAAACAAUCGGGCAAGGAGGUUUCGCGAAAGUUUACAAAGGAACAUGGAUGAACCAAGAAGUAGCCGUUAAAGAAUUUAGAGAUAAUCAAACCGAAAACAGCAUCAAACACGAAGCCAGAAUGUUUUGGCUUUUGCGACAUCCCAACAUAAUAUCGCUGUUAGGAGUCUGCAACAAGCCCCCUAACUACUUUCUAGUGAUGGAUUACGCUAAAGGAGGACCGUUAUCAAAAAUCCUCCGUGACAACAUGCUACCUCCAAAAAUUAUUGUAGACUGGGCCACUCAAAUUGCAAAGGGCAUGAAAUACUUACAUAGUGAUGCCCCUUUAUCAAUUAUACACCGAGAUUUAAAAUCUACUAACAUUUUAAUAUAUGAAACCAUUGAAAAUGGAUCGCUGGAAAACAAGACGUUGAAAAUAACGGAUUUUGGAUUAAGCAGACCAGCAUGUCAGACCACCUUAUUGACUGCUGCAGCUGGAACGUUCGAAUGGAUGGCUCCUGAGGUUUUCAGAGAUCACAAAAUUUCUAAAUUCAGCGAUGUUUGGAGUUAUGGAGUUGUUCUAUGGGAGCUGUUGACUUCUCAAGUACCUUACAAAGACUUCAAUCAGUGGCAAAUUAUUGUUGGAGUUGGAAAAGGUUCUCUGAAGUUGUACAUUCCAGACUCAUGUCCUCAAGACUUCAAACAACUUUUGCAAGAUUGUUGGCAAACAAAUUCAAAAAUGAGACCGACAUUUGAAUAUAUGUUGAAUGAAUUAGAAAAAAUUAGAGAUUCGUCAUUCAUCCACCAAGAAGAGUCUUAUAAAUUACUUCAGACUGAAUGGAUUAAUGAAAUAGGGAGAGAAAUGGAAAGUAGGCGAAGCCAAAGCAGUCGAGAUGUGGACACAAAGGAAAAAUCUAUCGAAUUAUUUCUGGAGAACGUAUUCGAAGGAAUUAAACAAGAAUAUAAAGAACUUCAGUUGAGGGAGCUGGAAUUGUUUGAAAAACAAAUUUACGUCACCGUCAAACAAAUGAAUAUCAGCAGAGUAAGAAACAAAAAAAAAAUAUUCAGUUGGAUGAGGAGGCGACCAAAAAACAUAAGCCUGCCAACAGGCUUUCGGCACCAACUGCACACUGUGGUUGAAGAAAUACAUCCAAAUUCACCUGGUUUUUCUGAUAAAUUAAAUCUCACAGUCCAACGUUUCCGUCUACAAACGGAUAACUUAGAAGCGUGUAGUUCUAGUCACACCAAUGAAAUCGCAAACCUUGAACCUAAAAAGACGAUAGAGAAUGCAUUGCGUAGUGUUUUCAAUGUGGUCAUUUUAGUGCCGCUCGGGAGAAAUGAGAAUGUUGGAAUUACAAAGUGGAAGAGAACUUCAAUACUUCCACCAAAUAACAACGGAAAAAUUGCCUCCAGGCCCUUAGAUCUUUCCUUGAAACAAGAAACUAGUCAAUCGAUGGAGCCAGAAAGUUUUAAAUACAAAACGUUUACAUCGCCACCUUCCUCAAAUAAACCGUUUCAUGUCGAGAUAAAACAAAAUGCCACAAAGUCAAUAGUCUUGGUUAGGGGUAAUAAUCCAAUCAUAGAUACCGAUUCAUCGUCCGUUUUCAGCAACAGAAACAAUAGCAUAAGCGCACGAGCGUCCAUCCUCUCAAGUCAAAUGUCGAGAUCUCUGUCCAGCAUAACGAACGUAAGCAACGGAUCUCCAGCCACACACGUCGACAAGUAUGGAUCGAUAACUUCAAUUAAACACAUACAACAGCAUCAGGAAAAAAUAGUGAACAGGGAAUCGUUGCAAAAUUUAAGUGCCAACAGGGUUGCCGAAUUGAGGAAUUUUUUCACGCACGUGUUUACCAGUCCUUUUUAAAAUAAGUGUUAUUUAAAAUACUGAACAAAUCAAAGAAUAUUAAAAUAUAAAAAGAGUAGUUAAAAAGAAAUCACUUUCAAGUCUAUUUUCCGCUAUUAUUAUUAUUAUUGGUACUUUCUUUUCAUGUACUUUUUCUUUCAGUGUAGUCUCUAUUAAUUUAACCACGCAUUAUAACAUAUUUAAACGUUUAGUUUGAGAUAUUUUCAUGAUUUACGAUGUUCAUAUCAAUAGUUUUUGCGUUAGAAACGUGAACUUGACAAGA